GUAAUGGUCGCGGAGAAAGAGUUGGAGAGUACGUUGACCGUGCCAAACAAGCACCUACAGCUUCGGCUCCCGGUCCGUCACCUCCACACCACAUCCCUUUCUACCACCAUCACUGUAUUCAGUAGUCUUCGCUCUGACUAUAUCUUUGACGUUAUAGGGCUUGUAUAUCUUGCGUUAGUAUGCGGGGAUUAAUAAAAGUCCCGCGUGCACUAUCUCCCACUCAGGAGCGAAAGCUGGUCGAUUUCUUGGAUGCCAAAUUCCUCGAUAUCACUCGUAAUUUCAAGAAACGCUCUGACCCUUCUUCGUCGCUACAAAGUCUCCCCUCAUAUCUGACAGAGACCCAUAAGUUACUCUCGUUCAUUCUCCAAAUACCGCCCAUAGAUCCGUCCACAUCCUUACGCACUACAUUUCUGCUCCGCUUGUCAGGAGACGCAAUGGAAUCUAUCCCAGGUUACAAGCCUGAUGUUCAGAUUCUAUCUCAACUUCUUGACUGGCUGAACGACCUUGAUCGAGGCUGGCUAGCCGUUUUACGCUCACAAACGUGGGAUCCUGAGGAAGGCACCGGUCGUGAUAUCAUAGUCGAUACCUCGGAGGAUGGUCAAUCGACUGUCCGGUCUACCCCUAUGAGCCAGACAGAACGCACACGGUUGAGGAGUCUUCUUAUAUCCGGAACGGCGAAAUUGGAAGAGUGGCUGGAGAAGCUGGACACGAGCGGAGAGACCUACGAUAUCCUUUUGGAGAGACUUGGCUUACAACAAGGGUUCGAUGACCUAUUCUCUAAUACUUUAGCUGAGAUGGGGGCUCUUGGAGGUUCAAUCAAUGUACCCGAAGGCAUGGAUGGAACAUGUUGAUUUUCCAACCAACUUUAAUCAUCCGAGUUCGUACAAAAGUACACUACAGGCUCCAUGUGAACGGAAAAUCACCAGUACCUGGCGACGUCGUCAAUGAUCCUUUCCCUUCUUUUUCUCGUCCUUCGACUUCCACUUCGACUCGCUCUUCCCCUCAUGCUUCUUUUCUUCUUCCUUUUUCUUGCUCUUCUCCUUCGCCUUCUCCUUGGACUCGGCCUCCUUCACCCUGUAGGGUCGGUAAUGUUCCUCCGGGAAUUGGGGAUCAACUGGUUCAGGUAUAGGCUCGGAUGUGGGUGCGGGUGAUUCAGGCCUCGGCGGAGGUACGGCCUCAACGUUCGACAAAUAGUUCACAGGAUGAGUUUCGCCUCGACGGUGGUUCGAAGCGAGAUCCGUGAGCCCUGAGAGAUCCUGUGCAGAGGGUAUAGGCAACUGUCUAGUCUUGACCUUUUUCUUCGUUGUUGACUUAUGUGAAGAGGGUGGAGGAUGAGUCGAAGGCACCGGUGUCACCAUGCCUUUGUUGAGAGCGGGGUCCAUGAUGAUCAAUGGAUCGCGUUUUUGGUGGGUGUAUGAGCGUCCCAGUAGAGAAGCGGGUUCCAUAGGUAAGGCCGGGCCCGGGAUAGAAGGGGACAAGUCAGAGCCGACAGGAUUGUAUUCCGCUGGGCGGGCUUGACUGUUCGAAACGAGCGACAAGGCGGCGAGAACGACGAGGGCGCGUAGUGAGGUUGGCAUUAUGUUUCAGAUAAAGCUGGUUUAAAUAGUACAAAUCUAAUAAAUGCCGGACCCGCCGAGAGAUUAUUUACGAGAAGGUAGGAUGUGAGAACGUAGAACAGAGUAAGCCUGAAUUUGAACAGGGACGUGAAGAGAGAGGGGGAUAUCAGAAAGUUGACAAUGAUAUGCAACUCAACAUAGACCAUACAGGGACAAACAACGUGGAACGUUCUAUCCGUCGUAACGGAUGCCAAAGGGAUUGCAGUUUGGACCAUGCACGGCCGGUUGGCGUUGAGCGUUGAACGUUGAGUAUUGAGUA